UGACGAUAACCGCAAUGACGCACUCCAGUGUUUUCAGCUGCAGACCGACAUGAGAUUUAACUAUCUUCAAAGUAGCUAGUUGUCAAGAACAGCUAUAGGACGGUUACAUUGGCUUGUAAUAAGUAUCUUAUAAGGACAUGUAAAAUGGUAAUUCGCUCAGGGAAAACGGGCAGUAUUUGUCACAUAUCGAGGGGAGUAGCAUCCUUGCUCACGCGGACACAUGCUUCUGCCCCGAGACGAGAGGCACCAGCACCAGUGUCUGACUCUGACAAGAGACCGAAUCUGAGAGCCAUCGACCUUGCACGCAAAAUUCGCCAGGAGAAACAGAAUGGAAAGGCAACUGGUGGUGGGUCAGAAGCGGCUGUCCCUAAUCCGUCGGUGCCAGUGUCGCCACUGCAAAAGAGGGUCAUCGAGCUGCGACAGUUCACGCAGCAACUGCAGAAUGUUCACCCCAACGUUCUUGCCAAGCACCUUCACAGAGGUCUGAUCCUCCCACAUCCAGAGCUCGCCGUCAUUAAUAAACCCUAUGGGGUUUCUGUUCAAGGUAAGGUGUAUGAAGGUGUAUUGAGUCAAACACAAUCAAAGAUUAUGUGAUAAAUACGAUUCUGUUCUUUUUAAUGUCCCUUUAAGAACAUACAUAUGUGCUAGAGCAGUGGUCAAAUCAACAGUGAUGUAAAUCCCAUAUUCUUCCGCAUAGAUGGGUCAAGGGACAAAAACAACAUCACCGACGUGCUUCCAAUCCUUGCCAAGAUGAUGGAUGGAAUAAGGGCUGGGACUCAGCUGCACGUCUGCCUUGGAUUGGACAAGGAGACGACAGGGACCCUCCUGCUGGCAAGGACUGAAGAAGCAUUGGACUAUGUACAAAACCUCCACAAAAACCACCAAGUGGAGAGGAAAUAUUGGUGUGGAUUUAGUUUAAAAUAAGGAUCCAGGCUGCACAUCAUUCACAUUUCAAAACCAUCAAUUGAGGGCAGCAAAUGAACAUAGAAUAUGCCAUAAAGUUAUUGCAAUGACCCUGCCGUUGAUAAGACAUUACUGCUCCCCCAAUGGAGCUUCCCCUUUUAGAAGCGGUAAUGUCUGAAUCUGGACCCAAGGGUUAUUGGGCUCGAUUCACGCCUCGGAACAUCAUGCUACUUCCUUGUUUCGUUACACUUUCAAUAAUUUUCCUUUCUCCCUAUUCCCCAUGCAGGGUUGUUGCUGUGGGUGUGCCUGUUCCCUCUGAGGGAGUGAUUGACAUUCCCGUCAUAGAGAGAGAGGUCACAGGGGCUCAACCUCACUUCAAGGUAAUGUCAUAUUUUGUAAUAUCUCUCAAAUGCUGGCAAUAGUUCUGUUGAAGUCUACUCAUAAUGACCAGUAUUGUCAUCCUGUCAGUCUUUCUCUCAUUUGUAUUGGUGGCUUUCAGUAUACUGCGCUGUUCUUGAGGUUCUGAGCUUGACUGUCCAAUAUACACCUAACUACCCGUAACCCUUCUCAGAUGGGCCUGAGUCCUGUGUACAGGGUGAGUGAAGGGGGCGAGGGAGUGACCAAAGUGCGGGCCAAUCGGCAGGCCCAGGGUGCUGUGACCCGGUACCGUGUCCUGGACAGCAGCAACGGCUGCAGCCUGGUAGAGCUCCAGCCUGUCACAGGUAGUGACACUACUGAAGCUACUGACUCUGGUGUCGUUCCAAGUUGUUGGUUUUUGCAGUCACCCUGCACAUCCCAAAAUAUUGCUAUAUAACAUGACUGCAAAAAAAGACAUGCAAACUUAAUGUAAAUAAUAAUAUUUCUGCUUUAACAAAAUGUUAUGCUGUUUUCAAAUGAAACACAAUACCUUGCUCUUAAAGCUUUUAGAAUUUGAGUCAUGUUGUUGAGGGGUCUACCACACGCUAAUAACACAGAUUAAUCUAGGUCCUAGAGGAAACUAUGCACCAUGUUAUAGUAGCACCAAUAACAACUUUGAACCAUCAUAGAAAGCGGUUCCCUCUCUCUUGCCCCAUCUACCCUCUUGUGCUUCUAGGGGUGAAGCACCAGUUGAGGGUCCAUAUGGCGUACGCUCUGGGAUCUCCUAUCCUCGGAGACCACAAAUACUCCCACUGGACCAAACUGGCACCCCAGGUAAGGCAAACGAACAUCACCAGACUUCACAAUGUAGAUGCUUUACAAGGUAGCCUUUAGACCUCUUUGGUACCAGUCAGAUAACAUUACUGGCAUUGUUUUUUUACAUUUACAUUUUAGUCAUUUAGCAGACGCUCUUAUCCAGAGCGACUUACAGGAGCAAAUAGGGUUAAGUGCCUUGCUUAAGGGCACAUCGACAGAUUUUUCACCUAGUCGGCUCGGGGAUUAGAACCAGCAACCUUUCGGUUACUGGCACAACGCUCUUACCCACUAAGCUACCUGCCGCCCUUACUUUAGAAACUGCCGGAUGGUGUGUUGCGGAGGCUGGGACUAGAACAGAGCAAGGCGCGUUACCUGCCUCUCCACCUACAUGCCCGUCAGCUGACAGUGCCAGAGUUCAAAGGUCAGAGUGACAUCACGGUCUCCUGCCCCCUGCCGAAAUAUUUCACCAGCACUUUGCGACGACUGCAGAUCCCGAUUCCAGAUGAGAAAGAGGAAGAAUGA